CCCCCCGUGGUGACAGUUUCUAGAAGCACGUCCCACCGUCCUUUGCGCUCGCAACAUGGAGGAGCUGACGGUGGAAGUGCGCGGCUCCAAUGGGGCCUUCUACAAGGGAUUUAUCAAAGAUGUUCAUGAGGAUUCACUCACUGUUGUGUUUGAAAACAAUUGGCAGCCAGAGCGCCAAGUACCCUUUAAUGAAGUCAGAUUACCUCCACCUCCUGAUAUCAAGAAGGAAAUUGGUGAAGGAGAUGAAGUGGAGGUUUAUUCUAGAGCAAAUGAUCAAGAGCCUUGUGGCUGGUGGCUGGCAAAAGUUCGAAUGAUGAAAGGAGAGUUUUAUGUCAUUGAGUAUGCUGCUUGUGAUGCCACCUACAAUGAAAUCGUGACUUACGAGAGGCUCCGACCUGUGAAUCAAAAUAAAACUGUCAAAAAGAACACGUUUUUCAAGUGCACAGUGGAUGUUCCUGAAGAUCUGAGAGAUGCAUGCGCUAAUGAAAAUGCACACAAAGAUUUCAAGAAAGCUGUGGGAGCGUGUAGAAUUUUCUAUCAUGCUGAAACUGCUCAGCUAAUAAUACUUUCUGCCAGUGAAGCAACAGUGAAGAGAGUGAACAUACUGAGUGACAUGCAUUUGCGCAGCAUUCGCACCAAACUUAUGCUUAUGUCAAGAAAUGAAGAAGCUACAAAACACUUAGAAUGCACAAAGCAGCUUGCAGCAGCAUUUCAUGAGGAAUUUGUAGUCAGAGAAGAUUUAAUGGGACUUGCUAUAGGAACCCACGGCAGUAACAUACAGCAAGCCAGGAAGGUUCCAGGAGUUACUGCAAUUGAACUUGAGGAGGACACCGGUACUUUCAGAAUCUAUGGCGAGACUGCCGAUGCAGUAAAAAAAGCCAGAAGUUUCUUGGAAUUUGUGGAGGACUUUAUUCAGGUUCCCAGGAAUCUUGUUGGAAAAGUUAUUGGAAAAAAUGGAAAAGUGAUUCAGGAGAUUGUAGACAAGUCUGGAGUCGUCAGGGUGAGGAUUGAAGGAGAUAAUGAAAAUAAACUGCCUCGUGAAGACGGAAUGGUACCAUUUGUAUUUGUGGGUACUAAAGAAAGCAUUGGAAAUGUCCAGGUUCUUCUAGAAUACCACAUUGCAUAUCUGAAGGAGGUAGAACAACUAAGGCUGGAAAGGCUCCAAAUCGAUGAACAACUGCGUCAGAUUGGUAUGGGUUUCAGACCUUCCUCUGCUAGAGUUCCCGAAAAAGAAAAGGGUUACACAACUGAUGAGAGCACCCUCUCCUCAGUGCAAGGUUCCAGAUCGUACAGUGGAAGAGGGAGAGGCCGCAGAGGCCCCAGUUACACAUCUGGUUACGGUACAAACUCUGAGCUCUCUAAUCCCUCUGAAACAGAAUCUGAGAGAAAAGAUGAACUUAGUGACUGGUCCCUGGCAGGAGAAGAUGACAGAGAAAGCAGACAUCAGCGUGACAAUAGACGACGUCCUGGAGGACGAGGACGCAGUGUGUCUGGAGGCCGUGGACGUGGCGGACCUCGUGGUGGCAAGUCAUCCAUUAGCUCUGUGCUUAAAGAUCCGGACAGCAACCCUUACAGCUUACUUGAUAAUACAGAGUCAGACCAGACUGUGGAUACUGAUGCCAGUGAAUCUCACCACAGUAGCAACCGUCGCAGGAGGUCACGCAGGCGAAGGACUGAUGAAGAUGCUGUUCUAAUGGAUGGAAUGACAGAGUCUGAUACAGCUUCUGUUAAUGAGAAUGGUUUAGAUGAUAGUGACAAAAAACCCCAGCGACGCAAUCGUAGCCGCAGGCGUCGCUUCAGGGGUCAGGCAGAAGAUAGACAGCCAGUAACAGUAGCUGAUUAUAUAUCACGAGCUGAAUCUCAGAGUAGACAGAGAAACCCUCCGAAGGAGACAUUAGCCAAAACCAAGAAAGAAGCGACAAAAGACACGAUUGAUGAAAAUAGCCCUUCUGAAAAGGCAGUGAAUGGUCCUGCUACGCCUGCUGUGGAUGAGCCUUCUAAAUUACAGCACAGCCCUGACGAAAAGAAAGUUACUGUUCAGGAGGAGGGAAAUAAUCAGGAAGAAGCAGUGCUGAAUGGUGUUUCAUAAACUGAAGUUCCUAGUUUACAGUUCUUCUACAUUACAUUUAAAAUAGUGCUUGUAUAAGCUUGCCAAAGAUAGAAUAUGGAUCGCCAGUCUUGACACCGCACUUUCAGUUCCUCCAUUUUGGAAUACAGAAAGGGGAGGGAUCCUGAAGAAAUCAUAUGUUAAACAUACUUUGACACCUACUGUGUUAUAAAUAUAUCAUCAGAUGUGCCUUGAGAUAGUAUAUGUAACAUUUAAAUAAACAAAAUUGCUGGCUAUA